AUGGCCUCUACCCGCAGCAUCCGCCGUACUCGUGCUACCGCCGAACCAGAAGCAACAAACACCAGUGAAGAAAACCGUGAAACGCGCACCCCUGCCACUGAAAGUGUGCAACAAGCAUCAACCUCUCCUAUGGAACCAGACUCUGAGCAUAGUUCAGAAGGGGACACCUCUUCUGAAGAUUUGAAUGCAAUUGAGGCCGAGAAGAUAGCUGUGACUAGGAGAAUUAAGAAGUUACAGGCUGAGAAGGAAUUGCGAGAACUCCAACACCGGUGCAAUACUUUACUGCAAGAAUUAGAUGAAACCAUCCCAGCCACCCGAAAUACACUCGAAGCGCAUCCGAACCAUGGUAGAGACGCAACUAGCGUGAAUUGUAACCGCGAAAACGCCACAAGCAUCCUCGGACCACCGGAACCUACGCUACAAGCGCCCAACACCUUAGUGGAAAGCGCCGUGACUACUGUCAGUGGGAGACGUAGUCGGGUACCACUUUGGCAAUUAGAACUUCGAGAUCCCGGCAUGAGCGGUCACCCUCCUCGGAGAGAUGUGGAAAAGUUCCGAGGCCAAAGCAUGAAAGAAUUUGAAAACUUUGUUACAGCUGCUAUCGCUUUCCAUGCCAGUGAUCUUGAUUAUUACAACGAACACGACCAUCGGAAGGUCAUCGAAGCCGUCACUCAUUUUAAUGUCGAGAUGCAACAACGUUGGUAUCAACAUACACAUGAUAUGCGGAUUUUGCCUCCAUGGGAAGAAUUUGUUAGCUGGAUGCAAUGUCAAGUCACCGAUCCAGAUAAAAGUUUCCGAGAUGCAGAUAGACAGUACUGGAAAACAGAGCAACAAGAAGAUCAGACAGUUCAACAAUUUGCUUCACAUUUACAAUCAAUUGAAGGGCGUCUGCGGCAUCCUUAUAGCGAAUACCAUCGGAAAUCACACCUCUACAUGAAAGUUCUACCUUCCAUUCGCCGAGAAUUUGACAAAUAUGCAACCAAACUAGAAGAGUUAAGCUAUGAUGCCACUCUUCACAAACUUGCAAUAGCAGAAUCAAAUCUGCCAGAAAGACGGAAGAAACUUAAAGAGAAGUCAAACUUCAGAAACCCUACUCAAAGCUUUAACAACAGAAAUAAUGCUUUGGAAAUCACUACGCCUAAGAGUCUGCAAAAAGUGCUUGCACUAGUAGACUCUGGGUCAGAAGUGAACUGUGUCGAUGAAUUUUGGGCAAAAGACCACAAUCUAGAAGCUGCUCACCGCAAAACCAAGAUGGUCAAAUCGAUUGAUGGAUGCAUAAUGCGCUCCUUUGGAGAGUAUAACAUUGCAACCACUGUCACUGAUCACAAGGACCCAAAGCAUGCUCCACGCGUAUUCUCGGCUGCAUAUUCGGACUUGCCGACCGGCCUACCCGAUUAUGUUAUGCCAUACGCGCAUAUCUUCUCAGAAGAAGCUGCUAUAAGCGCGCAAAGACCAGAAGAGGCGGAACACCGCAUAGAUCUCGAGCCUGGUGCGCGACCUCCAUUCAUGCCGAUAUACAACCUCUCUGAAACUGAGUUAGCUGCCCUAAGAGAAUAUUUAAAGAAUGCAUUAGACAAAGGGUGGAUACAACCGUCCAGUAGCCCGGCUGGUGCACCAAUUCUCUUUGUCCCCAAGAAAGAUGGUGGACUCCGUCUUUGUGUAGACUAUCGAGGGUUAAAUCGAAUCACCAUCAAGAACCGAUACCCUCUACCUCUAAUAAGUGAAUUACUUGACAGGCUCUCAAAAGCCAAGGUAUUCACUAAGCUGGACCUUCGAGAUGCCUACCACCGCAUACUUAUAGCGGCAAAAGACCGUUGGAAGACAGCCUUUAGAACGAGAUAUGGACAUUUUGAAUAUGUAGUUAUGCCAUUUGGAUUAGCUAAUGCUCCAGCGACAUUUCAAGCAUACAUUAACAAUGCCUUGUCUGAUUUGUUGGAUAUAUGUUGCGUUGUUUAUUUGGACGACAUUCUCAUAUUCUCCAAUUCAAAGCAGGAACAUAAAGUGCAUGUUACUAAGGUGCUAGAACGUCUCGAGCGUGCGAAUCUAUUUGCAAAACUCUCUAAGUGUACAAAUGGUAUUGAGAUGGAGCCAGACAGAGUCUCCACUAUUGUGGAAUGGCCUACACCUAAAUCAAUUAAAGAGGUUCAAUCCUUUUUGGGCUUUGCUAACUUCUAUCGGCGAUUUAUUAAGUCUUUCUCCUCUAUUGCAGCCCCAUUAUUCGAACUUACAAAAGGGAGCAAGAAAGGGGAAAGAAAAGCCACUUUUAUGUGGACAGAAAGUGCCCAAAGCGCUUUCAAUGAGCUCAAAUCGCGCUUUAUGCGUGCUCCUUUAUUAGCUCAUUUUGACCCAGCUCGGCGUAUUCAGAUUGAACCUGAUGCGUCCACUUUUGCAGUCGCUGCUAUCCUGUCACAAUUGCAGGAUGACGGGCACUGGCAUCCAGUUGCCUUCUGGUCAAGAAAGUUGAUUGAUGCGGAAACGCGUUAUGAUACUCAUGAUAAAGAACUCUUGGCUAUUGUAGCAGCAUUUAAGAAUUGGAAACACUAUCUGGAGGGAAGCCAGUAUCCAAUUCAAGUCUGGUCUGAUCAUGCCAAUCUGCAGUACUUUAUGACGACUAAGGAACUGAACAGACGUCAGGCCAGAUGGGCGGAAGCUUUAUCUGCUUAUGAUUUUGUAUUACUGCACCGCCCUGGAUCAAAGAAUCCAGCUGAUGGGCCCAGUCGUCGCGCAGACUACAGUGAGGCCUAUAAUGGCCAAACUAUGUUACCUACCCUGCAACAGAAACUGAAACAUGGAGUUAAGCUAGGCUGGGAAGCUGAUACUUCUUUUCAAAAUGAUAUUUCUUCUGAUGUAGUCUGUGCACGGGUCUCUAAUGAGCAAAAUGCUCCUUUUAAUGAGCGAAAAGCGCUCCAUACGUCGACGUCUUAUACCUCUCGCGUAAACUCUUCCCCUCUGAUGCGCGUUGAGCAAUAUAUGCCCCGGAUUGCAGUCAAUAAGGCUAUUCUUGGGGACUCAGCAUAUACAGAAAUGCCUGAAUCCUUCACCUCAUUUCUGAGUAAAGCACAGAAGAUCGAUUCUUUUGCUGCUGAGCAAAGAGAGAAGGUAAAAGAGAAGGGUAUGACUGUUGCUGAAAAUAUGCUAUGGACAAUUUCUGAGGAUGAUAUAUUGCGUGCUGAUGGUCGCGCAUAUGUCCCUCAACAAAAGGCACUCAUUGAUGAAAUUAUCAGUGCAAACCAUGAUGAUCCGCAGGGGGGUCACUUUGGUAUAAAAAAGUCCAUAGACAGCAUCCAGGACAAAUACUAUUGGCAUGGGCUAGUCAGGGAUGUCAAAGAUUAUAUAUCCACUUGUGAUACUUGUCAAAGAGUUAAGCCAAAACGGCACAGACAAUAUGGAGAGUUGGGUACAAUUCCCUUACCAUCAAAUCCUUUUGAAUCCAUUACUAUGGAUUUUAUUACAGGCUUGCCAGCCUCUACAUUCCUCCACCAAACCUACGAUGCGAUUUUAGUGAUUGUGGAUAUAUAUACCAAGUUUACGAUCUAUAUUCCUUGCACCAAAAACAUUACAGCGGAUGAGCUAGCGGAAAUCGUUUAUACCAAGUUCUAUACAAUUUACGGAGUACCUAAAAACCAUAUAUCCGAUCGAGGUUCGCUGUUUACAAGCCAUUACUGGUCCACCUUUUGUUACAUGCUAGGCGCACGCCGGAAACUUUCGACAGCCUUUCACCCUCAAACAGAUGGCCAAACGGAACGACAGAAUCAAACCUUGGAACAUUAUCUCCGAUGCUUUGUCAACUAUCAUCAAGAUGACUGGGCACGCUGGCUACCACUAGCACAGUUUGUUUACAAUACCUCUCAACAUGCCUCUACUGGAAUGGCACCCGCGGAAGCCUUAAUGGGAUAUCGACCUGAUUUGAAAAUUAACGUCAGCAAACCACCACAACCGGUUGCCAUACAUGCUGCUAGCCGCGCGAAACAUAUUGAGGAAACACGCCACAAGCUCAUCGAGAACCUACAAAAAGCACGACAAGCACAGAAAAUCUAUUACGAUGCAAAACAUAAGCCUCAACAAUUUAAAAUAGGUGACUACGUCAUGCUCAAUGCAAAAAACCUCCGAUUACUACGCCCGGUUCGUAAACUCGACCAUAAAUAUGUUGGACCCUUCAAGAUUCUGAAUACCAUCGGAAAACAAGCGUACAAACUGGAACUGCCACCUUCAUAUAGAAACAUCCAUCCUGUAUUCCAUGUUUCUUUAUUGGAGCCAUACAACCGCAGGAAUGGAGCUUUACCAGAACCAGGACCGGAACUUGUCGACGGCGAAGAAGAAUACCAAGUUGAGGAAAUUCUUGAAAAACGACAACGAAAAAACAAACCUCCGGAAUAUCUUGUGAGAUGGACAGGUUGGGGACCUAGUGGUGAUACAUGGGAACCGGAAGAAAACAUAUUAAACACUCAGGCAUUCGAAAUCUUCCUUGAACAAGAAAAUGAACGACAAAUACAAAACCAACAUACUCCCAAACGCCAAAAGCGCAAAUCUCAAGUUGAAAAACGCUAG